UAAGAGAAACUAGAAGACUGGAAAACGAGCGUAAGGCAAGGGAAGAACAGGAAAGGCUGGCGAAGGAAGCGGAAGCAAAGAAGGCGGAGGAAGAGGCUAAGAAGGAAGCGGAGAAAGAGGCAAGGCUGGCAAAGAUGAUGAAUGAGCGAAAGCGAGAUGGACAAGAAAAGGGAGGAGGAUAACAAGAAGAUUUGGGAGAAGUUGGAAAAAAGCAAAGAAGCGGAGGAGGGUGACAAGGCUAGCGGAGAAAAGAAGAAGAGAGGACAGGAGGAAAUGACGGGAGUUACGGCUGCCCAUCCCCCUACCCCACGACAACGGGUGAACGAGGUAGGGGCGCUCGAUGCUGGAUUACUGCUAAUGAAUCUCGAUUCAAUACAAAGUGCGCAGGCGGAGCAGUGCAAAAUGCAGGAUGAGAAGAGCAAAAUGUUGGAGAAACAGCAGGCGCAGCAAAUGACUAUGUUUGAAAGGAUGAUGGGCAUGCUAGAAAGGUUCGAAACGGCGCAAACGAAUGCUGCUCCUGCACGUCAAGCUCCAAUGCCAUCUGCGCCUGUCCAUGUUGCGACAUCUGAGCCGGUCUUUGGCAGAACACGUGCUACUCAAUCGAAUCAGCCGGCCCAGAGAGCUUUCCCGCCUCCUGAUGUGAGGAUUAUUCCUCCUUUCGUACCUGCAUCUACUCCUCCUCCUCCUCCUUCUCCUCCCGUUGCCUAUCCUCACAGCAACGGGAACCAAGUCCGUCCUCCAGCUCAACCGAACCAUCCUGGUUCUGCACCUCUUCACCCUCCUCAAGCACACCCCCCUCCCCCACCUCCUCCUAGGCCGGUUACACCUCGGCAAUUACCCCCACCAUCCCCUCCCCAUUCCCCUCCUCCUCCUCCUCCCCCUCCUCCUCCUCCUCCUCCUCCUCCUCCCCCCACAGCCCCAUGUCCAGCUGCUAGAAGGAUGAGUGGCGUGAGUAUAAGGGAAGCAGCCGCUGGCGGGGGCAACAGGCCUGUUACACGAAGCACGGCGGCACCGGCGCCUAAUGUUCCGGUACAAGCCAGGGCUGGACCGUCAGCAGUUCAGACUCCCGCAAUAGGAAGAUGGACCGGACGUCUGGCUGAUGUCUUCGCGUCUGUUGCUGGGACGGCGAGACGCGUUUCUGGCAGUCUAUCAGCUGUCAAACUAGGCACGCCGUCCGGACUUGGAUUCGAUCGUGUCAGAGAAGGAAGGAAGGCGGUUGUCGCCAACCCCGAGCCUGGGGGGAGAAGACAAUAUCGUGAGGACAUGGAGAAAGAAUUAAUGUCCAAGUACAAGCAGGAGCUCGUAGAGCUCUGCAAGAAGGAUAAAAUAUCCUAUCACAACAAGAAGCAAGCGGCUGAUCUCACAGCCAUAAGGGUUGGAGACGCGUAUGGCAAGGAGGAAGAAGAGGAGGAGGUAGAGGAGACAAUGGAGGAAACUCAAGAAGAAAAUCUUUUUUUAUUCCUAUCACGAUCCACGCUGGCUCUGGGAACAGGUGCACGAACUACGUGAGGUGCGAAGGAAGAAGGAAGUAUGUGGUGAGGGAAGACUAACUCUUGAACAGUAUC